AUGGAAUAUUCAACGACACAAAAUAAAGCAUACACGUUGGUGCUAUUCAUUGAUAACACAGAAGAUAAUGGUGAUAAAAGCAAGAAAAUUGAUAUAGUUCCUACAAGCUGGCUGUUUCGAGAUGGGAAGGAUAAAAUGUAUUGCCCAUUUAUUGAAGAUGACCCUGAUCCAGAAGAAAUACAAUUAUUGCACCAGUUAAUCAAAAAUCAAAUGCCGCCAAAAAAUACAUGGGAAACAUUCGAAGUGGAUAUCAGAGGAGAUGCACAUACGUACGAGGAAGCACUGAAAAAAAUUGAUAAACUGCAACUACAUCCAUAUGUAUUUACGACGGAUGAUGAAAAACACGUAAAGGAAAGAAAAGAAGAGAUAAAAAACGAAGUUCGCAGGCGAGGACCAUCACAAAAAUCUAAUGUUACGGAAUUAUUAUGUCAGAGUGCUGCAGCAUUGGAUAAACCGCUUCAAGCACAUGAGACACUAUCAAUUCUUCAAGAAAAGAUUUCAGACCAGAAAAAUCCAAAACGAGCAGGUCGACAAGAAACUACUGAGAACAAAGGUGAAACGAAAAACUCAGGAACGCGACCUAAAUCAUCCAAACCUCAGAAAUCAUCAGCUCAGCAACAGAGUAUGUCUAGUUCAUCUAGUGAUGUCAGUUUAUUAUCAGAAGAGAAUCCAACACAAGCAGGUCGACAAGAGACGACUAAGACGGGAGCUGAAAUGAAAAACUCAGGAACGCGAUCUAAAUCGUCCAAGCUUCAGAAGUCAUCAGCUCAAUAACCAGACCUGUCUGAUGCAUGCAGUUAUAACAAUUCAUCAUUAGAAAAUAAUCCAGGAGAAACACUAGAGCAAAUGACUUUCUCUAGGGAAGAUGAUUUAUCCAAGAACAUAGAAA